GUCGACAUAGUUGUAUGUUCUUUGCCGAUGAGAAUCACUUGAUUCUGGAUAUGGUCUUUGACACUGAUUUUCUUUUUACAUAUGACAAUCCUUAUAAUCUGGUGAAAUGCGUUCGUUUUUCAAUAAACCCUCUUGGGCAAGCAGAGGCGACGAGGAAGCAGACUUAGAUUUUUACCGCCGUGCUGGUCAAGUCUAUAAUGACAUCGUCACUACGAACACGAGAGCACAUUCUGCGAGAUUUAUAGGAAAUAAUGGCAGCACAAAACGUCGGCGGUUUGAACAAACCCCAGAGGCGAGCGGGCCCGGAACUGAACCCUGCAACAACCACCAGAUAUCAAAUACUCAGGACCGAGCACUGAAUUCCGGCACCAGCUGUAGUUCUAGUUUGCAAGAGGAUGUCAACAAGAGUGACUGUCAACCCCCAGGAAUGGAAGACACUGGUAAACCUAACACUGCAAAAAUAAUUGAGACCAGCAUGCAAACUCGUGCUCUUGUGGAAAAUGUUCGGUCUACUGAGGAAGACACAGUGACCAUAUCCCCGUGGCCCAUGGAAAGAGGAGAGGAGAAAAAGGUGCAGAUUGCCGGAAACCCGAACGCCAAGCAUGCUCGGACAGACCCCGAUAUUGUCAUGCCUGAUAAAUCCAAUCACAGAGACAAUGAUGCUGUGGUUCAAAUCCUUAUUACUUCGAAAAUUGCGAAUACAAAACCGCUGAUUGUUCGCCGCAAACUGCACCAGCCAUUGAAAGAUGUCCGCCUGGCUUGGUGUCAUCGCCAGAGUCUUUCUAGAGAAAUUCAGGCGUCGAUAUUCUUAACUUGGAAGGGCAAGAGACUGUUUGAUGUUACUACAUGCAGGAGUUUGGGAAUUCACACGCGGGAUGGUAAAGUUGUCAGCACGAAAGAUUAUAAAUCUUUUUUGGUCGAUGAUGAAGAGUUGCAACUUCAUAUGGAAGCUGCAACUGAUGAGAUUUUCAACUUGAACAAUCGACAGUUGUCGCUUGCGACCAAUAAAGGGUCACUAUCAGAGGCAGCGGAUUUAUUGGCUGAGAGUUUUGAUUUGGACACACUUGUCUUAAAAUCUCCAGGUGUUCAUGAUCUGAAGGUACAUUUCAGUCUACAAAUGCGGGUAUCACAACUUAUUACUGCCUUUCGUAUCAAGAGGCAUAUUCCUGCGGAGUGUGAUGUGUACUUGUUAUUCGAUGGUGACCGCUUAGAUCCUUCAUCAACCCUAGCAUCCUAUGAUUUGAUGAACAAUGAUCUUGUGGAUGUGAUAGUCAAAAGAGAAGCUUAGAUCAAGAUUAGUCUGCUUGUAAUAAACAGCCUUUGUAAGGAUAGUAAUCCUUAUAACCCUCGCGAU